AUGGACCGACCAGAAGAAGAUGUUGAGAAGAGGGCAGUUGAGGACGGCACUUCUUUCGAUGAUGGUGGUCAACAGCAACUUGCAUGGGACGACCCUCGUGAGUCGAGAAACCCCAAGAACUGGUGUUUUCUUUCGAGGCUCUUUCACACUGCGAUCCCAUGCUUCUUGGCAUUCGAAAUCACGUUCGCAACCUCAAUUACAGUCCCCGCGACUAGCCUAAUAAUGGAAGAGUUCUCCGUCUCGCGCACGAAGUCCAUCCUCCCGCUGACGCUCUACACACUCGGUCUCGCCAUCGGACCCCUCUUCAUCGCCCCGUUCUCUGAAGUGAUCGGCCGCAAGUGGAUCUAUGCCGGGUCCUGCACUUUUCUCCUCGCAUUCCUUGGAGGCGCGUCGGCGGUGACAACUUUCUCCGGACUUCUCGCCUGCCGUUUCAUAGCGGGAACACUGGGCUCAGCCGGCAUCGCUGUAGGCGCGGGAACCAUUGCCGAUGUAUGGGAACUCGGCAAGGGAGCCGGGGCAUCAUUGCUGUAUAUCCUUGGCCCGUUUCUGGGACCGACUUUGGGGCCUUUGGCUGGGGCUUACAUCAUACACGACAGAGACAACGACUGGAGAUGGACCCAGUAUGUUCUCCUCAUGGUUGGUGCUCCCAUCUGGGUUGGGGCUAUGUUGAUGAAGGAGACAUCAAAGGCCUGGAUCCUGCGCAAAGAGUCAGGGGAAGAGCCCAUCACCUUCGCGCGACUUGGCAGCAUUGUUCGGAUCGCGGUCAUGAGACCGACAAAGAUGUUGCUCACUGAGGUCAUUGUCUCCUCGCUGGCUAUAUACACAGCUUUCGCCUAUGCCAUGAUCUUCAGCUAUUUCGGCAGCUGCUCCUACGUACUCCAGAAGUACUACGGAUUCAAUCUUAGAGAAGUUGGAUUGAGCUUCCUCAGUAUCAUCAUUGGCUACUUCCUCGCUACCUUUGUUUUUGCUUUCCUCGAUGCCAAGUUCAGGAUACCUGCUGUGCAAGCCGGUCAAGGUUUUCCCGAGCAGCGACUAUAUGCAGCGCUCGUGGGUAGUAUUGCUCUCCCUGUGGGAUUGUUCUGGUAUGCGUGGGAAGCUCAUCGUGGGGGUCACUGGGCUGCCUUAGUCGCGGCUGGUAUCCCAUUUGGGCUCGGCGCGUUUUGUCUAUUCGUGAGUUAUGAGGUUUCCGAUCCGAAACGGAGGCUGUAA